GGGGCCCCGAACACAAUGGACGAGCUCGCCGGAGGCGGUGGUGGCGGCCCGGGGAUGGCGGCCCCUCCACGGCAGCAGCAGGGACCUGGGGGGAACAUGAGCCUUUCGCCAGGGGGGAAUGGAGCGGCGGGCGGCGGGGGUCCUCCUGCCGCCGAGGGAGCGGGUCCCGCGGCAGGCCCCGAGCUGUCCCGGCCGCAACAGUACACUAUCCCGGGGAUCCUGCACUACAUCCAGCACGAGUGGGCUCGGUUCGAGAUGGAGCGGGCGCACUGGGAGGUGGAACGGGCCGAACUGCAGGCCCGAAUAGCAUUUUUGCAAGGAGAAAGAAAAGGUCAAGAAAACUUGAAGAAGGAUUUAGUAAGAAGAAUAAAGAUGUUAGAGUAUGCAUUAAAACAAGAAAGGGCAAAAUAUCACAAAUUAAAAUAUGGCACAGAACUGAACCAAGGUGAUUUGAAAAUGCCAACCUUUGAAUCAGAAGAAACCAAAGACACAGAAGCUCCUGCAGCACCUCAGAAUAGCCAGUUAACAUGGAAGCAAGGCAGACAGCUGUUAAGACAAUAUCUUCAGGAAGUAGGUUACACAGAUACAAUAUUAGAUGUACGGUCUCAGCGGGUAAGGUCAUUACUUGGACUGUCCAAUUCAGAACCAAAUGGAUCAGUAGAAACAAAGAAUUUAGAACAGAUCCUGAAUGGAGGUGAAUCUCCUAAGCAAAAAGGACAAGAAAUCAAAAGGACUUCUGGUGAUGUUCUUGAGACAUUCAAUUUCUUAGAAAAUGCUGAUGACAGUGAUGAAGAAGAGGAAAAUGACAUGAUUGAAGGCAUCCCAGAAGGAAAAGACAAACAUCGGAUGAAUAAACACAAAAUAGGUAAUGAAGGGUUAGCUGCUGACCUAACUGAUGAUCCUGAUACUGAGGAAGCACUGAAAGAAUUUGAUUUUUUAGUGACUGCUGAAGAUGGUGAAGGCGCUGGCGAAGCACGGAGUUCAGGGGAUGGCACAGAAUGGGAUAAAGAUGACCUCUCCCCAGCUACUGAGGUUUGGGAUGUAGACCAGGGACUAAUAAGUAAACUGAAGGAACAGUACAAGAAGGAACGAAAGGGGAAGAAAGGGGUGAAGACUGAACCAAUAACGUUUCCAUCUGGAGGAGGCAAGUCAUUUAUUAUGGGUUCUGAUGAUGUUUUGUUAAGUGUUCUGGGCCUUGGAGACCUUGCAGACUUGACGGUAACAAAUGAUGCAGACUAUAGUUAUGAUUUGCCUGCCAAUAAAGAUGCCUUUCGAAAGACAUGGAACCCCAAGUAUACACUACGUAGCCACUUUGAUGGAGUACGGGCAUUAGCUUUUCAUCCUGUAGAACCUGUGCUAGUUACUGCCUCUGAGGACCAUACUCUGAAACUUUGGAACUUGCAAAAAACAGUUCCUGCCAAAAAGAGUGCCUCUUUAGAUGUAGAGCCUAUCUACACAUUUAGGGCCCACAUUGGCCCUGUUCUAUCAUUAGCUAUUAGUUCUAAUGGUGAACAGUGUUUUAGUGGUGGUAUCGAUGCAACCAUCCAGUGGUGGAAUAUGCCUAGUCCUAAUGUGGAUCCCUAUGAUACAUAUGAGCCAAAUGUUCUAGCUGGCACUUUAGUUGCUCAUACAGAUGCUGUCUGGGGUCUUGCUUAUAGUGGCAUAAAAAAUCAGUUACUGUCUUGUUCAGCAGAUGGCACUGUUAGGUUAUGGAAUCCACAAGAAAAAUUGCCAUGUAUUUGCACUUAUAAUGGAGACAAGGGGCAUGGAAUUCCUACAUCGGUUGACUUUAUAGGCUGUGACCCAGCUCAUAUGGUGACCUCUUUCAACACUGGUAGUACCGUAAUUUAUGAUUUAGAAACAUCACAGUCAUUGGUGAUGCUUUCAUCACAGAUAGAUUCUGAUUUACAAUCCAGUAAUCACAUUAACAGAGUAGUAAGUCAUCCCACACUUCCUGUUACAAUAACUGCUCAUGAAGAUAGACACAUCAAAUUUUUUGACAAUAAAACGGGUAAAAUGAUCCAUUCUAUGGUAGCUCAUUUGGAUGCUGUUACAAGUCUAGCAGUAGAUCCUAAUGGAAUCUAUUUGAUGUCUGGAAGCCAUGACUGUUCUAUUAGAUUGUGGAAUUUGGACAGUAAGACAUGUGUGCAAGAAAUAACAGCACAUAGGAAGAAAUUAGAUGAAUCAAUAUAUGAUGUUGCUUUCCAUCCGUCAAAAGCAUAUAUUGCUAGUGCAGGGGCUGAUGCCCUUGCCAAAGUAUUUGUGUGAAUCAACAGAUGCUCUCAUCCUAACAACAGAUUUGCUUGGACAGAAAGAGGGUCUGCAUCACUGCCAUCAAAAGUGGUUACUGAUAAGACACUACAUGUGAUCUGCCUGCUGAAGGCUAUUCGGGGCAGGCAUAAAUUGGUGGAAAUUACAUCUUAAUGUCAGGUUCAUUAAUUUAAUUGUAAUUACUGUAUUUUGUGGGACAAAAAAGGACUCCAGUAUUUGUGGCCUGUACUGGAUACAAACUGAGCGUAUGUCUGUUUUUUAGGUAUCUUUAAGCCAAUGUGGAGUCUGAUCUUAAAAAAGGACUUAUUGGGACUCUGUGUGCUGCCUUAGGGUUAGGGAUGUGGUGCUCUUGUUGGGGGGAAGUGAGCUCCAAGAAUAGUUUUUUU